GAAAGGACUGAGAGGCAGAGAGAGCUCGAGGUGAGUCGACUAAACAUCCAGCAGAGAAUCCAGGACAGAGAGAAAGAUGUGAAGGAGCUCCGACAGGAGGUGGAGGCUAUCAAUGGCUCUGCUGAUAAAGCAGUAAGGGACAAUGAGAAGAUCUUCACUGAGCUGAUCCGUCUCAUGGAGAAAAGAAGGUCUGAUGUGAAGCAGCAGGUCAGAUCCCAGCAGGAAACUGAAGUGAGUCGAGUCAAAGAUCUUCAGAAGAAGCUGGAGCAGGAGAUCACUGAGCUGAAGAGGAAAGACGCUGAGCUGAAACAACUCUCACACACAGAGGACCACAACCAGUUUCUACACAACUACCCCUCACUGUCACGACUCAGCCAAUCUACAGACUCAUCCAGCAUCAAUAUCCGUCCUCUGAGGUACUUUGAGGAUGUGACAGCUGCUGUGUCAGAGCUCAGAGAUAAACUUCAGGAUGUUCUGAGUGACCAAUGGACAAACAUCUCACGGACAGUGAGUAAAGUCAAUGUUUUAUUGUCACCAUUAGAGAUCAAGACCAAAUCCGAGUUCCUAAAGUAUUCACGUGAAAUCACACUGGAUCCAAAUACAGCAUACACAAAAAUGUCAUUAUCUGAGGGGAACAGAAAAGCAACAGCAAAGUUAGUAAACCAGUCUUAUUCUCGUCAUCCAGACAGAUUCACUUCAUGUUGUCAGGUCCUCAGCACAGAGAGUCUGACUGGACGUUGUUACUGGGAGGUGGAGUGGAAAGGAAAAGGAGUUAUUGUAGCAGUCACAUACAAGAAUAUCAGCAGAGCAGGGAGCUCAGAUGAAUGUAAAUUUGGAUUUAAUGACAAAUCUUGGGCAAUGAAUUAUAAUGAAAACAUUUAUUCAUUUGUCUACAACAAAGUCCAAACUCCUGUCUCAGGUCCUCAGUCCUCCAGAGUUGGAGUGUACCUGGAUCACAGUGCAGGUAUUCUGUCCUUCUACAGCGUCUCUGAAACCAUGACUCUCCUCCACAGAGUCCAGACCACGUUCACUCAGCCUCUCUAUGUUGGACUUGCAUUUAAUUAUCUUGGAGACACUGCUGAGUUCUGUAAACUCAAAUAGACACAAGUAAAGUCAAGCAGCAAUACCAAACUGUAGAAAUACCUUUUCCAUUAAAAAUUUUACUUUUGUAAAAAUACCAAAGUAUAAACAACAGUCUAACAGAGUCUAAAGAGAGAAAGUACCGGUCCUUCCUUUAUCAUAAAUUUUUGUUCUCAUUUAUUUUGUAAAUAAAUGUAUCAGAUUUUGGCAGAUUGUUGUUGUUGUAAUCAAUGUAAAAAUGAAUUACAGCAACUUAUUUUAAAACAGUCUGUGAUUAUUAUCAUUAAUAAUAUCAUUAAUUCAUUUUUUUAUAUGGUCUGAGAGAAAACUAGAAUCUAGUCUUCUGCACCUCCUCCUGACUCUGUUGUUAGGCUCUGAUUGCUGUGACAUUUCUUCACCUGUCAAUCAAACAUUAUGGGCGGUACUUUCACAUUGUUUCAUUGGUUUUUCUGUAAAUGUUUGAGUUUCUUUACGUCGACCAAAUGUUGUAUUCAACCUAUAAAAUAGUUACAUUGACACAUUAUAAAACUGUAAUUACUGAUGGGAUGUGUGAACAAAGUGAAGCUUUACAGAAUGAAUAAACCAACAUGAACAAA